AUGCAGGGAUAUACUGAUCCUGAUUGGCAGGGGGAUCCAGAUGACUACAACGUGUCACUAUAUUCUGUGAUGGAUAGAUCUUGGAUCAAUAGUAAGAGGUUUAGCAAUGAAUACAUGGAUGGGGUGAAUGAAUUCAUGACCUUUGUUUCUGAGAGAUUUGGUGAUGAUGAAGAGAUAUGGAUACACCAUGGAGAACCAUUGGAUGUUGUAACACAUGAAAUUGAUGACCAUGUUGAUGAGCAUACUAGUCUCAAUGAGGAUUCUGACAUGAAUGUGGAUGAGGAAGAUGAUCCUGAUGAUGGAAUUCAUGGUAUAGUAGAGGAGUUGUACACAGCUGAAGAAGAAGGUCAAGGGAAAAAGUCUAUGUUUGCAAUUCAAUUAGAAGAGAUGAAGCAAGAACUGUACCCUAGUGGUCCUUGCACAAGGCUGAAGAGAAUUUUUUCUUCCAAAAGAAUGGCAGAGGAGGUGCAAUGGCACAAGUUGAAGAGAAAACCGUUGGAGAAUGAGCUGAGCCAUCCAGCUGAUGGUGAGUCAUGGAAAGACUUUGACAAAAAGUAUGGAUGGUUUGCAGAAGAUGCAAGGAACAUCAGACUUGGCCUUGCUACUGAUGGUUUCAAUCCAUUUGGUAAAAUGAGCUCCUCGUAUAGCAUGUGGCCAGUGUUUCUUAUCCCGUACAAUUUUCCUCCUUGGGAAUGUGUAGAGCAAUCAAACUUUAUCAUGGGCCUGCUUAUUCCUGGUCGAGAAUGCCCAGGAAAGGACAUUGAUGUCUUCUUAGAGCCACUUAUUGAGGAGUUGCUAGAGCUUUGGAAAGGCGUCCCUAAUAUUGAUGCACUUACUAAGAAGAAGUUUGAUCUACAUGCUGCUAUAAUAUGGUGCAUUCAUGAUUGUCCUGGUUUAAGCAUAUUGUCAGGAAGAGUCACAAGAGGUUAUUAUGCAUGUGUGCAUUGUGAUAAAAACCCUUGCUCCAAAAGGAUAAGGAAUAAGAUAUGUUACAUUGGCCAUCGGCGUUUCCUUGCUAGGGACCAUCCAUUGAGGAGAAGCAAGGUGUUUGACGGUAAUGUUGAAAAUCGUGAGAAGCCAGAGAAAUUUACGACGGAUGAGCUGAUGGAGCAACUGGAGAGGGUCAAGGAUGUCAGACCAGGAAAGCAUCCUGAAAGCAAAAAAAGAAAGCGGAACAAGGAGGGCCAAUGUUGGAAGCGAAGGUUAUGUUUGUGGGAUUUGCCAUUUUGGUCGAGUUUGAAGCUGUGGCAUAAUCUUGAUGUGAUGCACAUUGAGAAAAAUAUAUGUGAGUACAUCCUUGGUACAUUUCUAGGCAUGGCUGGGAAGUCAAAGGACAAUACAAAUUCUAGGCUUGAUUUGGAAGAUAUGGGUAUUAGGAAGCAUUUACACUUGAUCCAUGAUGGAGAUUCAUAUAGUGCUCCUCAUGCCCCUUACACGAUGACUAAAACACAGAAGGCUGAUUUUUGUGAUUUUUUGAAGAGUGUAAAAUUUCCAGAUGUAUAUGCUUCCAACUUAGCAACAUGUGUUACUGCAGAUGGAUGCAACCUCCAAGGAUUGAAAACUCAUGAUUGUCAUAUUCUUCUUCAAAGGAUUAUACCUACUGCUGUACGAGGAAUCAUGCCCAAGGACAUAUACGAAGCACUUGCUGAAUUAGGUAAUUUUUUUAGCAACUAUGUGCAAAAACUUUGA